UAACAUGGGGACCAUAGUAUUGAAAGAAGUUUAUCAAAUACAGAUAUGAAAGAGAUCUACCCCUCAUUUGGUUGUUUUGUUGUGAGUUGUUGAAUGUUGAUACUAUGCAUGUUUUGACAAUGAUGGGGAAAACAAGCAAAUGGCUUAGGAAUCUUUUGAAAGGGAAGAAAGACAAAGAAAAAGAGAAGGAAAAUUGUGAAAAUGGAACAGAAAAUCCAACUACUCCAAUCUCAACAACACCAAAGGAGAAAAGAAGAUGGAGUUUUAGGAGAUCAUCAGCUUCCAAGGAAGUUAAUGUUGCAGAAUCAAGUGUCACUUCUUCAGUGACACCACAAACUAUCAAAGAUUCUCAAAAUUAUCAGAGGAAGCAUGUCAUGGAUGUUGCUGCUGCUGAUGGUGUGAUCUUCUUGAAUUCUGCAGGUUCCAAUGGAGGAAUUAGAAAGAGUGUUGAAGAGGCUUCUGCUAUUAAAAUUCAAUCUGUUUUCAGAUCCUACUUGGCAAGAAAGGCACUGUGUGCUCUUAGAGGAAUAGUGAAGCUUCAAGCACUAGUAAGGGGUCACUUAGUGAGAAAACAAACAACUGAGACACUAAGAUGCAUGCAGGCUUUGGUCAUAGCACAGGCAAGAGCUUGUGCUCAAAGGGCUAGAAUGUUGUCAGAAGAAAAGACUAAUCAAAAGCAAUCAACAUACAGAAAAAUCUCAGAAGACAGUUUAUUCAUGCAUAUGUAUAAUGAAAUGGAGAGAAGCUUGGAAGAGAAUAUAAAGACAGUGGAGAUGGAUGUUUGUGAAUCCAAAUGCAACUCAAGAGGCAGAAACAACACUACAGAUAAUGAACAUCAUGAAUUGUCUCAACAUAGAUUUUCUGCAUAUUACUCACCAAAUAGUUCAUACUCAAAGAAAGAAAACUACAAGGUAUCACCAACACCAUCAGCAAUAACAGAUUCAAGUCCAAGAGCAUGCAGUGCACAUUUUGAGGACUGUUCCUUCAGUACAGCACAGAAUAGUCCCUAUUACUACUCAGCAGUAUCAAGAGUCGACGAUUCAAAGCUGCCAUUUGCUUUCCCUAAGCAAUCCUAUGAAGAAUCCAUGUCGAAUGACUAUCCAUUAUUUCCAAAUUAUAUGGCUAAUACAGAAUCAUCAAGAGCUAAAGUCAGAUCACAGAGUGCGCCGAAGCAAAGGCCUGACUCGUAUGAGAGGCAACCGAGUCGGCGAAGAGCUUCGGUUGAAGGAAGAAAUGUUCCAAGGCCUGUGAGGAUGGUGAGAUCAUCUUCACAUGUUGGUGCAACUGCACAAAACUACCAAUACCCAUGGUCAAUAAAGCUUGAUAAAUCAUCAGUUUCACUCAGUGAGAGUGAGUGCUGUGGCUCUGCAAGUACAGUACUAACAAACUCUAACUAUUGCAGAUCUCUUGCUUCAUAUAAUAAUAAUCCUCAUGGACCAAGGUACUGACAAUGCAACUUCCACUAAAACAAAGGGUAGAUCCAUUUUGCAGGAACUUCAAAAAUCUAGAGUUCUUCUGCAGUGUCCUUCUCCUUGUACACUUAAAAACAAAUAACAGACUUGGCCCUCUAAAAUAGAGUACUUGCAAGAGAUUUACUUGUAGUUCCAGUUUUUUUUUUUUUGAGUUUCUUCUAAGAAUCAUGUGCAAAAUUGUGAAUUACAAUGUGAGAAUUUUUCAAAGGUUUAUGAACUGUGUA